CGUUCACAAACGUACUAUUCCUUCCUCCGUGUAUGCUCUUCGAGUAUCACGGCUUACUCGGAGUAAAUUUAAGAACGCAACCCUUGAAUGAUUCGGCGUCUGGGGAAGUGCGGCAACACUGUUCUUAUUUUAUGAAGGCAAAUUUUCAAGAUGGCAGGUUUCUUUCACGUGGUCUGUCAUAUUGGUUGCAUCGUUGCCAGCUCGAAUCCUGAGAUAUUUAAGGAGAUUUAAGGAAAUAAAUUUGUGUGCUCUAAUAUUUAUUUCGUGAUUUGAGCGUUUUAGGCUGAAUUUAGUUGAAUAUAUAUUUAAAUAUGAUUCGUCAGUGUGAAAUUUGUAAGAAAAGUAACAUUUCCCAUCCGGAUUUAUCUUUUCAUAAAUUUCCAUCUGAUACCGAAAAGAGAGGAAUUUGGGCUUCGCUCCUUGGAUUUGAAAGCGUUAAUUUCACUAAGAAGUUGGUAUUUAUUUGUUCGAACCAUUUCAAUCCAGACGAUAUUGAAAUAAGGCCAAAUGGAAAAUUCCUCAAGCCAGAUGUUGUCCCAUUACCUUAUCAUACAACAUUCGAGAUUUCAAAUGAAAGUUCAGACACAGUAUCCGAACAAGAAGAUAGUCGUAUCAGCCCAACUACAGAGACAAUGUUGUUUGGAGUGGCAAGUAACCAGUUUGAUGUUGAAGCUCUGUCUAAAAGCUCAUCAUCAUCUUCAGCAACUCUUACUGCUUCAUCUUCAGUUACUCUUACAGCCUCAGAGUGUGAAAACGAACUUUCUAAGACAAUUUUUGUUGAACCAUCAUCCCAAAAUGUUCCAAGAAAAAAAAGAAAGAGGAGCUAUUUUGGCGAUUUGUCAAGCAGUGAUUUCUCGACAUCAGAGAAGCGAAGGAAAAGUUUUCACGGUAUAAAGAAAAUUGUCAGAAAACAAAAAGUGAGAAUACAUUCUCUUCAAAAUAAGGUCCGUCGUCAAAGGCUUCGAAUAACAUCAUUGAAAAGUUUGGUGUCAUUUUUGAAUGAAAAGUUUCGUUUAUCAGAGGAAUCAGAACACACAUUAUUGGUUGUUUGAAUUGGCAUGUAACCUGAAUGAUGUCAGAGCUCUGUCUAAAAGUUCAUCAUCUCCAGCAACUCUUACUGCUUCAUCUUCAGGUACCCUCACUGCCUCAUAGUUUGAAAACGAACUUUACAAAUUAACUUUUGUUGAAUCACCAUACCAAGAUAGAGGAGAAAGAGGUGCUAUUUUAGCGAUAUGUCAAGCAGUGAUUUCUUGAUACCAGAGAAGUGACUCAGAUACUUUACCAGAACCAAUAAAAGUAUUAGAUUUUAUGUUAGUCUGCAUUAAUGGUUCAUGGAAGAUGCCUGUUGGAUACUUCUUAUUGAAUGGAUUAUCUGCAGUGGAAAAAUU